CCGGUGAGCAUCAGUUCGGGAUUAUUAUGCAACCAUGACCAAACAGUCCGCAUCCUGUUCGAUCUCACUGACCAAUAUGGUGAAGAACAGCAAAAGCCGCCGGAAAUCGUCCCGUUCGCUUAAUAGCACCCCGGAAAGCUUCGAGGGCGAGCAGGUUUUGCCACCGGUGUUUCAAACCAGUGGAGGGGCAGGAGGAGGUUCCCGUUGCUAUCAAUCCUCGCUGCGAAGUUACAACAAAUGGUCUCCGACGGAACAAGGUGCGACGCUGGUUUGGCGUGAUUUGUGCGUGUACGCGACCGGGUGUAAAAAUGGUGGAUCGAAUGGAAACGGGGGUGGUCAAAGUCCGAUAAAGCGAAUUAUUAAUAAUGUUAGCGGAGCGGUCACCCCCGGAACGUUGAUUGCCCUGAUGGGUUCGAGUGGAGCGGGCAAAAGUACGCUCAUGUCGGCACUGGCUUACCGGACGCAGCCGGGGACCGUCGUACAGGGUGAUGUGCUUGUGAAUGGACACCCGAUCGGUCCGUACAUGUACCGGUUGAGUGGAUUCGUGCACCAGGAUGACCUUUUCGUGGGUUCGCUGACCGUUGGCGAGCAUCUGUACUUCAUGGCGAAGCUGAAACUCGAACGAAGCGCCAAUCGGAAGCACUCGGCUCGGUUGAUUCAGGAGCUGCUGGAGAGAACGGGAUUGACGAAGUGCGUCGACACGAGAAUCGGGGAGGUUGGUGAGGGUAAGAUGCUGUCCGGUGGGGAGAAAAAACGUCUGGCGUUUGCUACGGAACUGCUCACCAAACCGACGAUUUUGUUUUGCGAUGAACCAACGACGGGGCUGGAUUCGUUCAGUGCACAAAACCUCGUGUCGACGCUGCAAAUGUUGGCAAAACGGGGCACUGCCAUUAUCUGCACGAUCCACCAGCCCUCAAGUCAGCUGUUCUCGAUGUUCGAUCAGGUGAUGCUCCUGGCCGAUGGUCGGGUUGCCUACGCGGGGAAGCCAAAUGAUGCGUUGACGUUCUUUGAGCAACACGGCUACAGUUGUCCCUCCAACUAUAAUCCAGCUGAAUUUCUGAUUGGAGUUCUGGCUACGGCCCCGGGUUAUGAGAAGGCAUCACAGCGAUCCGCCCAACGACUGUGCGACCUGUUCGCGGUCAGUGAAGCGGCCAGUCAGCGCGACGUUCUCAUCAAUCUGGAAAUGCAUAUCGCAGAAAGUUCCGAUUUCAAGGUGAAAGAUACGAAUAAUCUCCUCCGAAAACCUCUGUGGGUUUCGACCGUGUUCUGGUUGACCUAUCGUGCUUUUCUGACGGUGGUGCGGGAUCCCACGGUGCAGUAUUUGAGGCUUCUGCAGAAAAUUGCAAUCGCUCUCAUGGCAGGGCUCUGCUUUACCGGUGCCAUCAAGCUAGACCAGCUCGGGGUUCAAGCCAUUCAAGGAAUUCUGUUCAUCUUCGUCUCGGAGAACACUUUCUCCCCGAUGUAUUCAGUCCUGUCAGUGUUUCCGGAAACUUUUCCACUGUUCAUGCGAGAAACAAAAUCCGGACUGUAUCGAACCUCUCAAUACUACGUAGCCAACAUGUUGGCGAUGCUUCCGGGGUUGGUGCUGGAGCCGUUGGUUUUCAUCGUCAUUGCCUACUGGUUGGCGGCAUUGCGUCCCUCUUUAAUGGCUUUCCUGGUAACGGUUAUCGCGUCAAUGCUGGUUAUGAAUGUUUCCACCGCUUGCGGGUGCUUCUUCUCGGCUGCCUUUAGUUCGCUUCCGCUAGCUAUGGCCUACCUGGUGCCCUUCGAUUACAUACUCAUGAUCACUUCCGGAGUGUUUAUUCAGCUGGGUUCGAUGCCGGUUGCGAUCUCCUGGAUGCCGUACAUAUCCUGGAUGAUGUACGCAAACGAAGCGAUGUCGAUUGCCCAGUGGCAAGGAAUCACCAACAUAACAUGUUCCGAGGAGGAUCCCAACCUGCCGUGUCUACGAACUGGUGACCAAGUUCUGGCACACUACAGCUUUGAAGAGGCGCACCUCUGGCGAAAUAUCUGGGCAAUGGUGGUCAUUUAUUUCUGCUUCCACGUGCUCGGGUGUUUGUUUUUGUGGCGCAAGACGAAACAUUAGUGGAAUUGAUUGCAAUAAACUUUUUU